AUGAGGACAGAAGGAAGCAGCUCCGCACCCUGGAAGAAUCACCUAUUCAAGAUAAUAUUGAUUGGCGAUUCUACGGUGGGUAAAUCUCAGAUUCUUUCUCGCUAUACUAAGAAUAAGUUCAGCAUAGAUUCCAAUGCUACUAAGAACGCUGAAUUUGGGAGUCGGGGUAUUGUCCUCGAGCAUGAGCCUGUUACAGUUCAGAUCUGUGCCACUGGGGGACAAGAAAGGUACAGAGCUCUAACAAUUUCAUAUUUUAGUGGUGCUCAUGGAGCCAUGUUGGUGUACGACAUAACCAAACGCGAGAGCUUUGAAAACAUAUCCGGCUGGCUGAGAGAGCUGCGUAGGACUGUUGAUAGGAAGAUGGUGAUCCUGUUGAUUGGUAACAAGACAGACCUCGAGAACCAGAGAGAUGUCCCCACCGAACAUGCCCAAAAAUACGCUAGGAGGAAAAAGUUAAUCUUCUUUGAAACAUCGGCUUUGGAAGCUAUUAAUAUUGACACUGCUGUCUUGACCAUUGUCAAUGAGAUGUUCAAAAUGGUUUUUAAGAAGCACCUGCCUUUUGCUUACUCAACAUCUCCUCAUACUUACCUACCUGUUAUGGGUAUCAAGUUGGGGAAUUCAAAGAUCAGAGUAAAUCCCCAGGAGGAGGAUGGAGGGUUUGGCAACACCGCAUGCUCGAAAUUAUAG